AAAAUGUCCUACGAAAAUGUUCAAAGAUGGAUCGACGAGAUGAUGCCGAAGAUCAUCGAGAAUCUUGGAUCGGACAUUCACAAAGCUCAGUACGAAUUAUUAGAAUCUACUGGCAAUUUUAUUAUGUCCAACAUAUAUCGUGUACGUUUAAAAUUUGAGAAUAAAACAAACAAACAGAACGAGGAAUUGUCUAUAAUACUGAAGAGACCCAUGUUGGGUUUUAGUCAGAUAGCUCGUAUUGAUCUUCAAUUUCGCAACGAGAUCCUGUUCUAUCAAAUGUACACUCGACCGGAUAAUUAUGCAAAAUGUUUCUAUGUUGAAGAACGACCGCCUAUCGAUUCUAUAAUCGCUUUAGAAAAUGUCAAUGAACAAGGAUAUUAUUCUUGGCCAUAUAGAUAUGAUCCUCCAGUGGAAUAUACAUUAGCGGCGAUGCGCGAGCUGGGACGAUUUCAUGGUAAAGGAUAUGUCAUGAAAGAAAUGCAACGAGAAAAAUUCUUCAAUAUCGCGGCGCAAAUUCAAGAAGUUAGGUAUACAAACAAAACGGAGAAUAUUUACAAAUUUGCUUGCAACAUUAAGACAUCACGAGUAGUAGAAUAUCUUCGCAGCCAGGAUCAUGAUGCAGUCUUCUGUGAUAAGAUGGAAGCCUUACUUUCAAAUGCGUUUGAAGAAGUGAUGAUAAAAACGGUACAGCCGCUUGAACCUCUAGCCACGUUGUGUCACGGUGAUUUCACAUUGGAUAAUAUUCUCUUCAAGACAGAAGAUGAUAAUGGACAGCAUCUUCCAAUAUUAAUUGAUUUCGCGCUUAUUAGGUACUCGACACCUGUCAUUGAUCUCUCCACAUAUCUUCACUUAUGUUGUUCAAAUGAAAUAAGGAAAGAAAAAUUUUUCGAUUUUAUACAGGCCUAUCAUGACUCGCUUAAAGAAUAUCUAUUAAACACCGGCGUUCAAGAUAUUGAGAAAUACUCGUAUAAUGCUUUGUUGAGCGAUUUUAAGAGAGGUGCUCUCUUUGGUUUCGUUGUUAUGUGCGUAUUUAUACCGAUUAUACUGGGAUAUCUCAGUCCAGAAGUAUUAGUACAAGAAAUAUUAGAUUUUGGCCCUUUAGAAAGCAUGAAGAAACAAAGAUAUGCCGGAGGAGACAAAGUAUCCAAAAUACUAGUUGAUGCCUUGUUGUAUCUAAAAGAUCUUGGCUGCCUGAAACAUGUUUUAUAGUCACGCGAGAUAAUUCGAAUAAAUAAAAUUUAAUAUCUGUCGAUUAAUAACA